CUGCUGACCUGCUGCUGGACGUUUGCUUUUGGUCACUUUCUCACCCCUUCUCUAACUCCAUUUUGCCAUUUUCCUCUCUGCAGGCUAAAGGUCAGGGACAAGGCCGUGCUGACUGGUGUCUUCGCCAAAUACGGGUUGCAAGCUGCGGUCGCUACAAAGAGAUGUGGGGGUGGCGCAGUCGUACGCGAGGAUCUUUUCAGGAACUCGAUUGCUACUAGAGAAGUUUAUUCACUGGAGGGUGAGGUUAGGGUUUCCGAGGAGUGCAGGGCUGGCGAU